CCCGCUUGCAUUUAUCUCGAUUUAUGUCACUUGGUCUUGAUCAUUAUAUCAAUAAGUCAAGUCUUCUGUGUUCGCAAACUUGAGUCUACGCCAACGCCUGCCUGGCCAUCUGAUCCCAGGAUCUAACCUUCCGAAGCAAAUUCAGGCCCUUUAUCGCCUGGCUUCAUCGUGUUGGUCCAAUAGACGGAUUGAGAAAGCUUCUGUGAUACGCCACGCUUCCUGUUGCAUUUCGGCGUGAGCUAGUGCUCCAGCAAGGAUCAUAUCUUCCCGAAAAUAGGGCAAUCAACAUCAUUGUGCUGUCACGUUAGGAGCUGCGUCUGCGACUCACUACGCUUCCGGCUCUUGAUAACUGACUGCCACCAACGUCCCGGACUUCAACCAUUUGCCUGAGACCUAUCGCCCACGAAAUGGCACCGGCUGGCCAAACUACCUAUCAGAAGGACGAGAGGGUCCUCUGUUUUCAUCAUGAGAUCCUCUAUGAGGCGAAGAUUCUCGACCUUCGACACACAGAUCCUGAUGAUCGAAAGAGCCCAUAUGAGUAUCUAGUCCAUUAUAAGGGCUGGAAGAACACAUGGGAUGAUUGGGUACCCCAAGAUCGCCUUCGUAAAUUUACGGAGGAGAACAGAGAGUUGGCAACCACCCUUCGUCGGGAAGCCGAGGCUGCGCUUCGCCAGAAGAGCACGAAAACCUCUCUGAAGAAGAAGGGAGGCUCUGACCACAGCUCCGCCCGUGGAAGCGAGGAAAGACAAACAUCUGUUCCUGGCCGAGGGACUAAACGGGCCAGGGAUAAUGAUAUUGAAAAGGAGGAACAUUUCUACACCCGACCAUCAGUGAGAAUUGUGAUGCCAGACAAUCUCAAAUCGCUGCUCGUCGAUGACUGGGAAAAUGUUACGAAAAACCAGCAAGUGGUGGCGUUGCCAGCCAAGAGCUCGGUUAAUCAGAUCUUGGACGACUAUCUUAAAGAGGAGAGACCCAAGCGCACUGGUUCAUCCGAAGUAGAUGUGCUGGAGGAAGUGGUCAUGGGUAUACGCGACUAUUUUGACAAAUCUCUUGACAAGAUUCUUCUCUAUAGAUUCGAACGGGAGCAGUAUCGUGUCCUCCGCAAGAGGUGGGAAUCUGAAACUGCAGACAAAGGGCCCCUUGAUGUCUAUGGCGCAGAGCACUUGACACGCCUUUUCGCCACGAUGCCCGAGCUCAUUGCGCAGACAAAUAUGGACCUUCAAUCAACGAACCGACUUCGAGAGGAGCUAUCAAAAUUCACCAUCUGGCUGAGCAAGAAUUCUAAUCACUAUUUUGCAACACGAUAUGUCACCGCAAGCAAUGAAUACAUUGAGAAAUCACGCGGCGUCCCGAAUCCAGCUCCUGGGACUGCCACCUCGCGACUUGUUUGA